UGCCACUAACUAACCGAAGCCCACUAUUGAGUCUCUUCUCCAGUUGUUCAUCCCACAAAGGCACAAACAACCAUCCCCCACUCCACUCCCCAAAAAUAAAAGCCAACUCAUCAUUCUAAUUCCCCAUUUCUUCCUCUUUAAAGCUUCUUGCUUCCUCAACACCGUACCCAUGUCUUUCCUUGCACAACUUUUAGUAUUCAUCAAGUAAAGAAGCCAGCCAGCUUAUAGUGGAAAAAAGCCACCAGACUGGCCACCAUUAUUUCUGUUGUCUUGAGGGCUUACACUCUUUUUUUUUUUUUUUCUUCAUAUACAGUAUACUAAGUUCCAAUUUAACUAUUACUACAAAUCUAAUCUUGGGUGUUUUUGAUUCCAAAUGUCUGGGUACCCAGAUGGUGAAGUCAUGCCGUGGUUGGAUUUGUAUAAGAAAGUUAAGCGCUUGAGGCUAUUUGAGCCCUCUGUUGGGGUUCUUGGAUUUUUCCUUGUUACAAUUUGUGUGGUGUUUGGCUUCGCUUUAUUGGAUUCUGGAAGUGUGUCCAAGGGGUUGAGACUUUCCUCACAGACUCAGAGGAUAUUAUGGCUGAAGUUUGAGAGGUUUGGGGGGGAGAGGAAAAGGUUUGAUUUUUUGAGUGAAAAUGGGGGUAGCUGUGAUGUGUUUGAGGGUGAUUGGGUUUGGGAUGAGAGUUACCCUCUUUACCAUUCUAGAGAUUGCAGGUUUCUAGAUGAAGGCUUUAGGUGUUCUGAGAAUGGGAGGCCUGAUUUAUUCUACACCAAGUGGAGAUGGCAGCCCAAAGAUUGCGAUUUGCCAAGGUUUAAUGCCAAGGCUAUGUUAGAAAAACUGCGUAGUAAGCGCCUAGUUUUUGUGGGAGAUUCAAUUGGAAGAAACCAAUGGGAGUCUCUGCUCUGCUUGCUUUCUUCGGUUGUUGCCAACAAGACCUCGAUCUAUGAAGUCAAUGGUAGCCCCAUCACUAAGCACAAAGGAUAUCUGGCUUUCAAGUUUGUUGAUUAUAAUUGCACCAUCGAGUACUACAGGGCACCAUUUCUUGUUCUGCAAAGCCGCCCUCCAGCUGGAGCUCCGGGGAAAAUAAGAACUACUCUGAAGCUAGAUCAGAUGGACUGGAGCUCUGCCAAAUGGAGGGACGCUGAUGUUCUCAUUUUCAACUCGGGACAUUGGUGGAAUUAUGAGAAGACAAUAAGAGGGGGCUGCUACUUUCAAGAAGGAUCAGAACUAAAGAUGGAUAUGAAAGUUGACGUUGCAUAUCAGAAGUCUUUGCAAACAGUGGUAAAUUGGAUACAACGCGAAGUGGAUCCAAACAGAACUCUGGUCUUCUUUCGUACAUACGCCCCUGUACACUUCAGAGGUGGAGAUUGGAGAACCGGGGGGACCUGCCACAUGGAAACACUUCCGGAGUUAGGUUCUUCAUUGGUGCCAUCCCAUACUUGGGCACGAUACAACAUAUUCUUCGACAUGCUAUCAUCAUCUCAGUCAAACACAUCCGAUUUGAAGCCAUUAAAUGUCUUAAACAUAACCCAUAUGACCUCAAGGAGGAAAGAUGGGCAUUCAUCUUUAUAUUAUUUAGGUCCCGAGGUUGGACCUGCAGCUAUUAAUAGGCAAGAUUGCAGCCACUGGUGCCUCCCGGGAGUUCCUGAUACAUGGAACGAGCUGCUGUACGCUCUGUUCAUGAAGCGCGAGGCAUCUAGGAUGAUACAGAACACAUCAACAUUCCAUUUUCAAUGAAAAAAUGGUUGCAGACUCGACUAUUGUAUGUUAUUUAUGUGGUGGUCAAGUAGGAUUUUGAUAGGAUACAAUGCUUAGAAGAAUGUACCAAAAAAGAAUUAGAGUGCCAAGAAAGAUGGAAAUUCAAGAGGUUUUGGCAUUUUUUGUUGCUAGGCAGGAUUUUGAAUGUAUUUUUUCAUUUUUCUUCCCCCACCCUCAGAGUUGUUAGAACAAAAAUGUAUACAGUAAUACAGGGACUCUUUGAAUAAAUUCCUUUUUUUUUUUUUUAA